AAAAUACUGACUCCAAAGCGACGUUGUACUGUGCCACCCAAAUUAAAAAACAAAUAAAUUAGCAAUAAAAUAAAUUAGCUAUUUUUUUCAUGUAGCCUAUUUGUUUCGUACGUAUAGCUAUGUAUUUAUUGCUCUCAUGGAGCCGUUUCCAGUUUGAUUCGUGUCUCAUUCUGUAUAUCAUUUUCUAGAGUUUUAGUAAUUAAAUUGCUAUUAGUGUUUUUGCAUUCUGUUCGUUCACAGGGGAAUAAUAUAAAGCGGAUCAAUUUUAAGGUUAUCCAGUUUUACACGGCGCAAACAACAGGGUAAGGUGCGCUGAGAACGAACACGCGCCAGACCCCAGAGGACCUGGGCUACAGUGUGUUUUACGGAGCGACGGGAAGAAGUUUUGGGGUCAUUUCGGAACACGGGAAGCUUGAACGAGAUGCCGAGCGUGGCGCAUGUCGCUGUCUCUCUGGGGUUCCUGGGUCUGCUCAGAUUUUUUGGGGCACCCUGGUCCUGGAGUCUGGCCGCCGGCGUGGGGGCGUACCUGGGGACGGGGUACUGGCGCUACUUUUACGUGGCGGCUCGCACCAUCAGGAGAGACGCCAAUGGUCUGUACGUGUUCCUGCGCGUGAAGUGGGAGAUCCAGCGCCACCUGCGCAUCGGCAGCACCAUCCCUUCCAUCUUCGCCCAGACGGUGGCGCUGCACCCCGACAAGCCGGCGCUGGUGUACGAGGCCACGGGGGAGAGCUGGAGCUUCUUGCGGCUGGACCAGCUGUCCAACGCGGUGGCCCACUGGGCGCUGGGCCAGGGCUGGGCCGCGGGCGACGUGGUGGCCCUCUACCUGGAGAGUCGCCCCCUGGUGGUGGCCCUCUGGCUGGGCCUGGCCAAGGUGGGCGUGGAGGCGGCGCUCAUCAACUUCAACCUGCGCCGCGAUUCGCUGGUGCACUGCCUGGAGGAUUCGCACUCGCGCGCGAUCGUCUUCGGAGCGGAGCUGGCUGAUGCUGUGGCAGAAGUGAGUGGCUCUCUCCCCGGGUCCAUGCUCAGAUUCUGCUCAGGGGACCUGGAUCUGGAUCGCCUGGCUUCCCUAAAGGCCCGCCCCCUGGACCCUCUGCUGAGCUCCGCCUCCCGCCUGGCCCCUCCCACCUCCGACGUCACUAAGGGAUUCAACGACAGGCUGUUCUACAUCUACACCUCCGGCACCACAGGGCUCCCCAAGGCCGCCAUCGUCGUGCACAGCCGGUACUAUCGCAUCGUGGCGUUUGGGCACCACGGCUUCCGCAUGCGCCAUGAUGACAUCAUCUACAACUGCCUGCCUCUGUACCAUACUGCAGGGAACAUCAUGGGAGUGGGCCAGUGUCUGAUUUACGGCCUGACGGUGGUGGUGAAGAAGAAGUUCUCCGCCAGUCAGUUUUGGGAUGACUGCAUCAAUUACAACUGCACGGUGGUGCAGUACAUCGGCGAGAUCUGCCGCUACCUGCUGGCGCAGCCGGCGCGCGCCUCGGAGACGGGCCACCGCGUGCGGCUGGCGGUGGGGAACGGGCUCCGGCCCAGCGUGUGGGAGGCCUUCACCCAGCGCUUCCGGGUCGCCCGGGUCGGCGAGUUCUACGGGGCCACCGAGUGCAACUGCAGCAUCGCCAACUUGGACGGCAAGGUCGGGGCAUGUGGGUUCAACAGCCGCAUCUUCCCGAACAUAUACCCCAUCCUCCUGGUGCGUGUGGAGGAAGAGACCAUGGAGCUGGUCCGGGACGGGGCGGGGCUGUGUGUUCCCUGCCAGCCUGGGGAGCCGGGGCUUCUGGUUGGCCAGAUUGACCAGCGGGACCCCCUGCGGAGAUUUGACGGGUACGCCAGCCAGGACGCCACCAGCAAGAAGAUCGCCCACAACAUCUUCAGGAAGGGAGACUCCGCCUACCUCUCAGGUGAUGUGCUGGUAAUGGAUGAGUUGGGGUACAUGUAUUUUCGGGACCGCAGUGGGGACACGUUUCGCUGGAGGGGGGAGAACGUCUCCACCACGGAGGUAGAGGGGACCCUCAGCACACUGCUGGGGCAGACCGACGUGGCUGUGUAUGGAGUACCUGUACCAGGUGUGGAGGGAAAGGCGGGUAUGGCGGCCAUAGCUGACGGGACGGGGAAGUUCGACUGCGACUCCUUUUUGCGGGAGGUGCAGAAGGCCCUGCCCCCCUACGCCCGACCCAUCUUCCUGCGCAUCUGUCACCAGGUGGACACCACAGGCACCUUUAAGAUCCAGAAGACCAGAUUACGGAGGGAGGGGUUUGACCUGCGCCUCUGCCCUGACCCCGUCUACUUCCUGAACAGCCCGACUGGCCGUUACAAGGUCUUGGACGAGGAGCUGCACAAGGCCAUCGUGGAGGGAAGGGUACCUCUAUGAGACGGACAGACGGACGGACGGACGACGGGGGAAAGGGAGGAUGUGGACGGACAGAUAUUAGGGAUAUCGGGAUGUCGGGAAUAGCUGGAUAUCUCUGCGUGGGUUCUCCCGUGUGCAGUGUGCUGCGGUGUGACGUGGCAGAUAUGCACGGCUGAGGGAUGGGCUAGUCCGCAAUCCGUGGAGGACCUCGGCGCUAGUGACGUUGCGAUUUGUUUUUGGAAAACUACCCCAGGGAGAAGAGAGAGGAGAAGAAGAAGAAGAGGAAGAGGGGGACAGGAGAGAGAGGGAGGGAAGAGGAGGAAGAGGUAGGAAGGGGAAAAAGGUGGAGCUGAGGAGGGUUUUUGGUGCUAACUUUAGUCAGUGACUGUUACCAUGACAGCAAGAUGAUGACAGAGGAAGAGUUACUGAGAGAUCUACACUUGGACUGGAACUCUGGGGAGAACUUUGUAAAAACACUGUUUUAUGCUUUUUUUU